CACAAACACACCCCCAACCCACCACCCAACAUGACACACCCAACUCCUCCUCCUCCCAUACACCCCAAAUUCAUGAUCAACAAAACGAAAUUAAGCAAACACAAGAGAACCUCAGAGAAGAACCACCACCCAUCUUUCUCUCCGAACAGCGGCUCGUUUCUAUCCGGUGGAGACGACGACCCAUUGUCCCCCUUCCCGGCUCGGCAAUGGCCGCUGUUCGCUUCCUCUUUCUCCUCCUCUUCUUCUCUUCCUCCCCCUACCUCUCCCUCUCCUUACCACAAGACCAAGAAGCUCUCCUCAAGUUCAAGAAAUCACUCACCCGUGCAGGUGCCUUAGACAAGUGGACCCCUGAUCAAAACUCAUCUCCAUGCAAAGCCCAAUGGACCGGGAUUGUUUGCUUCAAGGGCAGUAAUGUCAUCAGUGGUCUCCAUAUCUCCAACAUGGGUCUCUCUGGAAAGAUUGAUUUUGAUGCCUUGAAAGACAUUCCUACCCUAAGAACCAUUAAUUUCAUGAACAACAAUUUCUCAGGUUCAAUCCCAGACUUCCACACACUUGGUGCCUUGAAAUCCUUGCUCCUGUCAGGAAAUGGAUUCUCUGGUGAAAUACCAAAAGACUACUUUUCCCAUAUGAACUCACUGAAAAAAAUAUACCUCGAUAACAACAAUUUCACAGGCAAAAUCCCAGAGUCCUUGGGCCAAUUGAACAAGCUAGAAGAACUUCACUUGGAGAAAAACCAAUUCACAGGCUCUAUCCCCAAACUAAAACAAGGAUUGAACUCACUUGACUUGUCCAAUAAUAAGUUACAAGGUCCAAUCCCAGACAGCAUGUCCAAGUACAACCCAAAGGCAUUUGAAGGAAAUGAAGGGCUCUGUGGCGUGCCAUUCAAGUCAUCAUGUAAAUCCCCAUCUCCAUCCCCAUCACCAGCUCCAACCCCUGCCCCUUCCCUUUCCCCUUCCCCAUCAACCCCAUCAACCCCAUCACCAUCCCCACCACCUUCGUGGCCGUCCUCGUCAUCCUCAGACGUGGAUUCUAAAAGAACGACAACCAUCAUCAUAAUCAUCAGUGUCAUCUUGGGUAUCAUGAUACUACUCUUGCUGUAUGUGUUGUUUGUAGCAAAGAGGCGAAAGAGAGACGACGAUUUCGAUGUGCUUGGGAAAGAACAAUUGGAUGAUCAUCAUCAACGGGUGGUUGAAGUUCAUGUCCCAAGUAGCAACAACCGCAGUCUGGGCAGCACUAAUCAUAGCUUGGAGGUCCACCAAACCAGUAGCAAAAAAGGGGACUCUAAGAAGGGGUCAAAUCAUGGGAAAAAUGGCAUGAACGAGCUUUUGAUGGUGAAUGAUGAAAAGGGUUCGUUUGGAUUGUCUGAUUUGAUGAAAGCUGCGGCUGAGGUUUUAGGGAAUGGAGGGUUGGGAUCGGCUUACAAGGCUGUGAUGUCCAAUGGGAUGUCUGUGGUGGUGAAGAGGAUGAGGGACAUGAAUAGGUUGGGGAGAGAUGGGUUUGAUUCUGAGAUGAGAAGGUUUGGAAGAUUAAGGCACAAGAAUAUCUUGACUCCUUUGGCUUACCAUUAUAGGAGAGAGGAGAAGCUGUUGAUCUCAGAGUACAUUCCUACGGGCAGCUUGCUAUACCUUUUGCAUGGUGAUCGUGGCAUUUCUCAUUCGGAGCUGAACUGGCCCAUCCGUCUGAAGAUAAUCCAAGGAAUUGCAUGUGGAAUGGGGUUCAUCCACACAGAGUUUGCAUCCUAUGACCUUCCCCAUGGAAACCUCAAGUCAAGCAAUGUUCUGUUGAAUGAUGACUAUGAGCCAGUCCUAAAUGACUAUGCCUUGCAUCCCCUCAUCAACCCCAACAAUGCUGCUCAAACAAUGUUUGCUUUUAGGACCCCAGAGAUCACAGAGUCCCAGCAAAUCUCUCCAAAGUCUGAUGUUUAUUGCCUAGGGAUUCUAAUCCUUGAGAUCCUAACUGGGAAAUUCCCUUCCCAAUAUCUAACCAAUGGCAAAGGAGGAACUGAUGUGGUGCAAUGGGUGCAAUCAGCAAUGGCUGAGCAGAGAGAAGAAGAGCUGCUUGACCCAGAGAUAGCAAGUGAUGCAGACUCUUUGGAUCAGAUGGUGCAGCUUCUCAAGAUUGGAGCUGAUUGCACUCUCAGUGAUCCUGAGCAAAGGCUUGAUAUAAGGGAAGCCAUUAGGAGGAUAGAAGAGGUACAAGUAUGAGAGGCAUAUAGGCAUGCGUAUAUAUAUGGUAAUGUGCUUACUCAAUAUACUUCAAUUCAGAUGGGCUUUCUUUCAACAAGGUGAGAAAUUAAAAGGGCUAGAGGAGAUCAAAGCAACCACAGAAGCAAAGCAAUGGAAUUGAAUGAAAAAAUACUAGAUAAUUAAAAGUGAUAAAUUUCUAUACAGGUGCAGGUUUUUUUUCUCUUGCCAUAUAGGUGAGAAGAAAAGAAAAAGGGGUAGGAGGAGAGUGUUGGGUUGGAACAAAGGGAAGCAAAUGGAAUUUAGUGAAAAAUACUGAAUAAAUUAAGUCAUAUUUCUAUUCUGGAGGAAGUUUUGGUUCUUAGUUCUCUGAUCUAAUUCCUGAUCAUGAGGGUGUGAUACCCUUUUUUUCUUCUUCUUUUUUAAAUUAGUUGUACAUAGGAGGAUAUUCAGGUCACCAUAAUAAUUUUCUUUUCAAGGAAUACUAACAGAGAGACAUUCAUUCAUGUACAUAAAUGACAUACAUACAUACAUGUAUCACAUGA